AUGUUCGGCGAACGAGGAGGGCCGGCGGGGACGUCGCACUGGAUGGUGCUCGUGAGACACGCGGGCGACGAACACGCGGCGGUGUAUGAUUUUUUGCCGAAGACGCCGAAAUCACCGUUCACGGCGGCGAAAUUGCUGAGUGGGAACAGCGUGGAGGGCGUGGUGCGGUCGAGACGCUUGGCGGGGGUGCCGGGACGGCGGUGCUGUCGCGUGGGAGGGACGCGCGCGGGACUGGGCGGACGCAUCGCCAUCGAAGCCGCGAUCGCGGCGUUUCACGAGCGAUGGGACGCGGACGCGCUGCGCUUGGGGACGAAUGAUUGUCGGAAUCAUUCGGUGGAGUUGGCGCGGUGGUUGACGUGCGAUUACGGGUACGGAAUAGAGGUUUCGAGCGACGCGAAGGGGACGCUGACGUGUCGGCGAACGGCGACGCCGGCGACGGAGGAGGAGGACGAAGACGAGGGCAGCGUGGAAAUCGUUCCCGUCGACGUCGAACGCGUCUCGCGCGACGUCGCGACGAACGCGUCUUCCAAGGAUCGAAAGAACAAGAAGCAGAAGAAGAAGAAAUCGAGCGGCGGUCCGCGUUGAAUUGAAAGUUGAAAAAGUGUAGUAACCACCGAGUUGUUCGUCGA